CCCUCUGUUUAUCUUCUGUAAAUAGAUCGAUCUUUCAGUUUUGCAAGAUGAUUUCUCGAGUUUUGCUUUGUUUUCUGUUUGCAGUUGCCAUUGCAUCUGUGGACUGUAACUUGGAAGGAGAUAUGCUGUAUUCCUGGAAAACCAUAUUGGUUGACUCUCAUAAUGUCCUUGCUAGCUGGAACCAGACAUCCCCCACUCCAUGCCUCUGGUUUCAUGUUACCUGCAAUGCUGAAAGCAUGGUUACCAGGGUGGACCUUGGCAAUGCUGGAUUAUCAGGACCUCUUAUCCCUGCGCUUGCAAACUUGACUAACCUCCAAUACUUGGAGUUAUACCAGAACAAAUUUUAUGGAUCUAUUCCAUUGGAACUCGGUCACUUGAAAAAACUAAUCAGUAUGGACUUGUACCGGAACCAGCUCUCGGGACCAAUUCCAGAGACCUUAGGUCACUUAAAUUCAUUGAAAUUUUUGAGGGUCUCUCACAAUAAUCUAACUGGAGCUAUUCCUUCAUCUCUUGGCAAUUUGACAAGUUUACAGAUCCUGACAUUAAACAAGAACAGUAUAACUGGUGCUUUACCUCUAGAGGUCAUUGAACUAGUUCGUUUUGGCAACUUGAGCGUCUUGGAUGUCUCAAACAAUCUGUUGGCAGGGACAGUUCAUAGCACUAAUUCAUCAGGUUUUGCAGUUACAAAAAUCAUACAAGAUCCAAAAGCUCAGAACUAAGCCAGAAGCCCAAAAGUAUUAAAGAAUUGAAGAAGAUAUUGUAUGUUAGUUCUAUGACUUAUAUCAAAUAAAAGUUGGGACUCUUUUAUUUUUUGAAGGUAAA